GUAUAGGAACAGCAACUCUAGAUUUUUUUUUUGCACUUACUGUCGAGUCGGAAGGAAAAGUAGACAAAAACUACCCAGCAUCAUGACGUUGGGUAAAAGUGCCUCCACGGGGGCGCUCUCAGCAGAUCCCAAGCUUGACGCCUUGAAGAGAAAAUACGCCAACGCAGGACCAAGUUAUUUCAAGAACUCAGCGGUAUAGUUGUCUUCUUUUACUCUUUUGUACUUAACUACAACUAGAGAGAUGCAAGAGGGAAUCAAUCAGAAAAUUAUGUCAUGGCAUCAACUCCAACAACAUGUCACGGAAUACUCUUUGGUUUUGUGACAAUGAGAAAAAUGAAAAAAACUCAAACUUUCAGGUCGGCUCAUCGAGGGGAUUCUUUCAGACAGCGGGCACAAUAUUGGCGCGACCAUACAAGACGGGCGCCGUGCCAGCGAAGCCGAAAUCUGGUAACCUCGGCCAGUCCGAGUAUGGAUCACAAUUCGGGCCAAAAAGGUAUAUAGGUUUUUUGUUAUGCUAAAAAUUUUCACUUUGAACUGAAGUCGUUGACGUUGUGGUCGUAAAGAUGUGAACCACGUGAAGAGACCUUAUUUUGAAUUGCUGACUUUGCAUGAGAGAUACGAGAGAGAAAUCUGUCAAACCAAAAAAAGGUACUGCUAUUCUUCCAUGGACAACAAGCCACUGACGAAAUACGACCCGAUGGCCUACCGAUCGCGAAACGCUUUACCGGAUAUCAAGUUGCGGUAUAGUUGUUCUGUUCGUAUUUAUGCGAUGCAGCAUGUUGCGCAUGAAAAAGUCUUGCAAUCUUAGUUACUCACUGUCAAUGUUUAUCAUGAUUUGCAUGGCAAACCUUUGGUUUCGGAGCAAAUAAACGGCACCACACGUCGACUAAAACCUUCACCACAGGGCGAACAACAGUAGUACGGUGGACUUCGAUCAAGGGCUCUUCGUGGACAAGAAACGGCAGUUAUGCUUUGCAAAAUUAUCGUACUCGUAUUGCAAUCACGCAUUACAAAUUUUUCCUCAAGGUGAAUCGGCAUAUACAAAUUUCAUUUCUCAUGCUGAGGAAAUUUGUAAUGCAUUUCUGCGAGUACGAUUACGAUACUUUUGCAAUGCAUAGCAGUUCUACACCACCAACAGUCAGUACCUCACCGGCGAUCCGGUCACCGUCGUGUCUAACCCCGGUAUCCUGGCCGAUCAGUACCGCAUCCGCAAGGAGCAGCGGGCGAAGUAAAGAUGAAGUAUUUUUCGGGAAAUAAGAUGUAGUGAAGGGCGAGUUGUGCGUUUAAAUAAUCGAUUCAACUUUCGCAGCAUCAAAACUAUUCGAAAAAACAGCAAGAGAAAUAUUUUAAAGUUUUGGAUGACACACAAUACUAGAGCAGAAAAGGAACCGUUUUCAGUAGUUAGACAUCAGACACAAAGGACCGUUUUUAGCUUACAUCAUCAGACAAUCAGGUGGAUAUAGAAACCGUUUAUCAGACGCAGAAGUAGUAGAAUUCGAGAUAGUCAGACAGCAGACAGCCUGCUGAAAACUAAGAUGACUGCUAGCGCAAGGGCAGGAACAAGGACAGAUGUGCUGCUAGCACUUCUAGGGUAGCGACAAGAUGUGCUGCUAGCAUUUCUAGGAGCCGCUUCUUUCAUAGCCGGCAUCAUUGCACAGGGCGCUAGCAGCCCCGCAUCAAGAGAAGUUUACAGUUUCCUUGUUUAAUAUACAACCGUUUUUACAGAAUAUAGCACCACCUUGAUUAUUCUUUCUAACGCUAGUCGUGUUUAUACACAAGAACUGGUAGUAAUAGUUUGUCGCAAAGUUUACAACCGAUUUAAAUUUGAAAUUCUUGCUAGUACCCACUUUUCAUCUAGAAGUUCGGCCUAAAUUUACCACAACCUGUACUCUAUCGAAGAACUUGAAACUAAUAGCGCAUGCUGGAUAGUAGAGCGGGACAACAUCACCCAUUUAAAGGACGAUCUUCAUGCGGGAACGAACCACCAGCACGAGCUUUUUGUGCACAGGUCGUUGGACGACAGGGAAGUAGAGGUGGCUCAGAUGUUGUGGUGUGUGAGUUUCAAUGUUUGGUCGCUAAUGAAUCUUGACACAAAAUUACCUCCUGAGGAUAAAAAUUUCGGGCUCAGUC